AUGACUCCUGAAUACAACGGAUGGUUUAGCAAAAAGAUUAAUGAUAAUAUCCCUAGACCGAGUUUAGAGGGCGCUCGAUCAAUGGAGGAAUACUUGCAAGUGGUCCCAUCAGAGCUAGAGAUCAUAAAGCAAGACUUCAAAAAGCAAAAUUUAGAGCUCAGUAAGAAGAUAGAACAAUUAGAAGAGGAAAAGAUGCAUCUAAGACUAGAUGUCGAUGUGCAGAAAUUAGAGACUGAGAAAUUAAGAAAAAAGAAAAAUAAAGCCGAGGAGGAUCUGGAUAAGUUAAAAGCAAGCUUGGAUAGAAUUGAAGAGCUAAAAAGGAAGGUUCAAGAACUUGAAAUUGCACUGCAAAACAGUGAGCUCCGGAUUGAGUUUCUUGAAGCAAGUAAUGAGCGGUGUAAUGAGCAACUCCAUCGAUCUCAGGAUCAAAUUAGAGAUAGAGACUACAUUAUAGGUGAUGUUGUAGCCCAGAUUCAAGAAGUGGCCGAUCAUCUACAGACUCUAGCAGUUCAGGCUGAUGUACUAAGUGUGAGAUAUGAGUUGGAAUCAGACCGAGGCUGA